AUGGAUGGGAUGGAUGUUCAACCUCCCCUCUUCCAAGCUCCCGAGGUCAUCCUGGGUGUCGGUCGGUCGUAUAGUGCCGACAUUUGGAACCUUGGUGUGCUGGUCUGGAAUCUCCUCGAGAACACGAAUUUGUUUCCAAAUAUCCGCUCAAUCGGGCUAUGUGAUCCUCGAACGCACCUCGCCGCUAUGAUCGCCUGGCUAGGGAACCCGCCUAAGGAACUGCUUGAGCGGGAAGAGAAAUGGGCCAAUGUGCCCUGGAAGUGUUCGUUCCCGAAUCCGCAGGGCAAGCCCAGCUGUACCGCUCCCGAGUUCAUCGGAGGCCCCUUUUUCGACUCGGAAGACCUGGUUCCCACCGACUUAAACAUUCGCGACUCUGUCUCGUCCCUACAAGGGGAUGACAAUAAACUAUUCCUCGACUUUGUCGGUCAGAUGUUGAAUUGGCUGUUGGAGAAGAGAAAGACGGCGAAGGUACUGCUAGACCACCCCUGGCUUGGCAUCUCUAGAUAACUGGACGGCAUGGCACCACCGUCUGUAUGUAUUUCCGCAUUUGAAGUAGUGGUCAUGGAACAAAUAGAUCAUACAGCUGAUAUCGUCCUGCCUUCUGACGAGGGGGGAGGUGAUUGUCUUCCUCGAGAUUGCAUCCAGGGAGCUUCCGUUUCUACUCGGCCGUUGGAAGGACAAAGGCGAGAUGGCAGGCAGGAAGAAUGUCAAUCCGCAAUCGAACGAACGCCUGAAGACGUGGACUGAGGAUUACGAAGGUAUUUUGCGAUCCAUGCCUUGCAUUCUCCGGGAUUCAUGUUGUCUCGGGGAAGGGCGGGGCUUGGUUUGUUGGUG